AUGAGUACAUAAGCACAAAAGAAAGGUCAAGAGUAGCAUCAGAAGUCAGCAAAUUGGCCUGCUCAAUAGAAAGAUACGGAGAUGAAGUAAGAGACUUCAGCUAAUGUUCCAAAAGGACAGCAGAUUAAACAAUAGCAGUAGAUGAUGCAAGGAGAGGGUACUCAACAGAAAAAGCAGCACACUUAGAUGAUGGAACAAAUGAAGAAGGGUACUUAAGCCAAAGAAGGUGAAUAAGUAUUCAUUCCAGUCUCACUCUAUGAACUUGAAUCAUGCAUUCUUCCUGUUCCAAUUCAUAAAGCAUGGCAUAUCCUGAAGCAUUUUAAACUUCAAGAUAUAGUACCAACUUAUAUUAAGAAUUCUGAGUUCACCAAUGGCUAGCCUGGGCUAAUAGAUUCAAUUGUGAAGGUUUGGUUUGCUGAUGGAGCAGUCUGGGAAAUCAGAAUGGUUGAAUUCAGUGAGAUUAAAAGAUCCAUUGCUUAUGAAGUCUUGUCCACAGAGCCUCCUCACAAGGCCUCAAGUAUUUAGGGCAGUAUUAAUCUGAAACCAGUCACUAAAGAUGAGCAGACUUAUGUAGAGUGGAUUACUGAGUUCUCAAAUGAUGCUGAUGUGCAAAUCAUCGAAGAUCAAAGAUUCAAAAAGUUCGAUUUCUUUGAGGAUGCUAAGAAUGCACUCAAGAACAUUUGA